UAUAGAAAGAAACAUUCUUCUUAAAACAAACCACAAAACGAAAGUAAGACACUUAAAUUGGAACAGAUUUAUUUUGUUGAUUAUUCUUACAAAGUUUCUGCUACCACACACACCCCUUUCAUAUACCCUUCCUCACUUGCCUCAAUUAUUCAAUUAAGAAAGUGAUGAAUUGUCAAAAAAAACCACUCUAUUAUGAAGUCUGUCUUCUUGUUGGAUGAAAAGUCAAUAGUAGAUUGUAGCAAACAUAGUUUUGUACCAAUUACAAGUAAGAACACUAGCAAAAGAGAGAGGGAGAGAACUCACUGAUCAUCCUUGUUUGCAAAUUACUCUUAGCAUUCAACGGAUUUCAGAAAUGGAGAUUGGCUUAGCAGUUGGUGGUGCAUUUCUCUCUUCAGCUUUGAAUGUUCUCUUUGAUAGGCUUGCUCCUCAUGGUGAUCUGCUCAACAUGUUUCAGAAGAACAAGCAUGAUGUUCGACUCUUAAAGAAGCUGAAAAUGACUUUGGUUGGCCUUCAGGCUGUGUUAAGUGACGCAGAGAGUAAGCAGGCAUCAAAUCCACACGUGAGCCAGUGGCUUAAUGAACUUCGAGAUGCUGUUGAAGGAGCUGAAAACUUAAUGGAAGAAGUCAAUUAUGAGGCUUUGAGGCUUAAGGUGGAAGGUCAACUUCGAAAUCUUGCAGAAACAAACAACCAGCAAGUAAGUUACCUCAACCUGAGCUUGAGUGAUGAUUAUUUUCUUAACAUAAAGGAGAAGUUGGAAGACACCAUUGAAACAUUGGAGUUGUUGGAAAAGCAAAUUGGUCGCCUUGGCUUACAAAAGUAUUCGGGUAAAAAAAUAGAAACUAGAACACCUGCAACUUCUGUGGUUGAAUCCGAUGUCUUUGGUAGGCAGAAUGAAAUAGAGCGAUUGAUUGACCGUUUAACGUCUAAAGAGGAAAGUGAAAAAAAUCUGACUGUUGUCCCUAUUGUUGAUGGGGGCGUGGGCAAGACAACACUUGCUAAAGCUGCUUACGACCAUAAGAAGGUGACAGAUCAUUUUGGCUUGAAAGCUUGGUUUUGUGUUUCUGAGGCAUAUGAUGCUUUCGGAAUAACAAAAGGGUUACUUCAAGAACUUCGCUCAUUUGACAAGGAUGAUAACAAUCCUAAUCAGCUACAAGUCAAAUUGAAGGAAAGAUUAAAGGGGGAAAGGUUUCUCAUUGUUCUGGAUGAUGUGCGGAAUGACAACUACAAGAAGUGGGAUGACUUGAGGAAUAUUUUUGUUCAAGGAGAUAUUGGAAGUAAGAUCAUUGUGACGACUCGUAAAGAGAGUGUUGCCUUGAUGAUGGGUAGUUGGGCAAUCAACGUGGGGAUUCUGUCUAGUGAAGCCUCUUGGGCUUUAUUCAAACGACAUUCUCUAGAAAAUAGGGAUCCUCCAAAGGAACAUCCAGAACUUGAAGAAGUUGGAAAACAAAUUGCAGACAAGUGCAAAGGAUUGCCUUUAGCUUUAAAGGCACUUGCUGGUAGUUUAUGCUGCAAAUCAGAGAUGGAUGAGUGGACAGACGUUUUAAGAAGUGAAAUAUGGGAUUCGAAUGAUAUACUACCAGCUUUGAUGUUGAGCUACAAUGAUCUUCCAGCACAUUUGAAGCAAUGUUUUGCCUUUUGUGCUAUAUAUCCCAAAGAUUAUCAAUUUUGCAAAGAACAAGUUACUCACCUGUGGAUUGCUAAUGGUCUUGUUCAGAAGUUGCAUUCUGGUAAUCAAUACCUUAACGAGUUGAGAUCAAGAUCAUUGUUCGAAAGGGUCCCAGAGUCUUCUGAAAGAGAUGGAGGGAAAUUCUUAAUGCAUGAUCUUGUCAAUGAUUUGGCCCAUAUUGCAUCUUCGAAACUCUGUGUCAGGUUGGAAGAGUGCCAAGGAUCUCAUAUGUUGGAACAAAGUCGGCACUUGUCCUAUUCAAUGGGGAGAGGUGGUGAAUUUAAGAAAUUGAAUCCGCUCUCCAAGUCAGAGCAGCUGAGGACAUUGCUUCCAAUCAGUAUCCAACACUAUGGUGGAAUUCCUCUAAGCAAGAGGGUGCUGCAUAACAUAUUUCCAAGGCUAACAUCCCUAAGGGCAUUAUCAUUGUCACGUUAUGGGAUUGUGGAGCUUCCGGAUGCUUUGUUUAUCAAAUUAAAGCUCCUCAGAUUUUUGGACCUUUCUCGAACAAAGAUUAAAAAGUUGCCAGAUUCCAUUUGUGUACUGUAUAAUUUAGAGACACUCUUCCUAUCAGAUUGUAAUUAUCUUGAGGAGUUACCGCUGCAGAUGGAAGAGAUAAUCAACUUGCGUCGUCUUGACAUUAGCAACACUUCUCGUUUGAAGAUGCCGCUACAUCUGUGCAAGUUGAAAAGCCUCCGAGUGCUAGUGGGAGCUAAGUUUCUUCUAGGUGGCCCCUGUGAUUGGAGAAUGGAAGAUUUGAGUGAAGCACAUUACUUGUAUGGAUCUCUAUCAAUUUUAGAGCUGCAAAAUGUGGUUGAUAGAAGGGAAGCUCAGAAGGCAAACAUGAGAGAGAAGAAUCAUGUUGAAAAGUUAUCAUUGGAUUGGAGUGAAAGUGAUGCUGACAAUUCACAAACCGAAAGAGACAUACUUGAUGAGCUACGCCCACACACAAACAUAAAAGAACUCCAAAUCUACAGAUAUAGAGGGACACAAUUUCCAAAUUGGCUAGCUGAUUGUUCGUUUCUUAAGCUAGUGAAAUUGUCUCUUAGCAACUGCAAGGACUGUUUUUCCUUGCCAGCACUAGGACAACUUCCUUGUUUGAAAUUCCUUUCCAUUAGAGAGAUGCAUCGAAUAACAGAGGUGACUCAGGAAUUCUAUGGUAGUCCGUCCUCCGAAAAGCCUUUUAACUCUCUUGAGAAGCUUGAAUUUGCAAAGAUGCCUGAGUGGAAGCAGUGGCACGUAUUAGGGAAGGGAGAGUGUCCUGCACUUCAGAAGCUUUCCAUUGAUGAUUGCCCUAUGUUGAUGGGAAAGUUGCCUGAAAAUCUUUGUUCUCUGAUAGAACUGAGAAUCUCAAGAUGUCCUGAACUCAAUGUGGAGAUGCCCAUCCAACUUUCAAGUGUAAAAAGGUUUGAAGUUGAUGGUUCUCCUAAGGCUGGAGUUGUCUUUGAUGAAGCUGAACUGUUUACAUCCCAACUUGAGGGAAUGAAGCAGAUUGUGAAAUUAGAUAUUAGUGAUUGCAACUCUCUUACCUCCUUGCCUAUUAGCACUCUUCCGAAUACGUUGAAGACAUUAAGGAUGUGGCAUUGCUGGAAAUUGAAAUUGGAGGCACCUGAUAGUAGUACGAUGAUUUCUAACAUGUUUCUGGAGGAAUUGAGUUUGAUUGAAUGUGAUUCUAUAUCAUCACCUGAGUUGGUCCCAAGAGCACGCAAAUUGUUGAUAGAGGAUUUCCAAAACCUUACUAGGUUUUUGAUUCCUAGUGGGACUGAAACACUCAAUAUUGGGUUUUGUGAGAAUCUUGAAAUACUUUCGGUGGCAUGUGGGACCCAGAUGACGUCAUUGAAUAUUUUGUAUUGCAAGAAGCUGAAGCGGCUGCCAGAACGUAUGAGGUAUCUUGAAGCAAAAGGUUAA